UCUCGUCGAGCAAGCAUGGACGUGCAGAAAGAAGCGCAGCGCAUCAUGACCCUGUCGGUGUGGAAGAUGUACCACUCUCGCAUGCAGCGGGGUGGCUUGCGUCUCCACCGGAGCCUACAGCUCUCCCUCGUCAUGCGCAGCGCUCGGGAGCUCUACCUCUCAGCCAAGGUAGAGGCUCACCAGCCCGAGUUCCCGCCAUCCGGCCGGACUCUUGACCCUCGCCUGCACCCGCCGCGGGAAGCCGAAGCUGCCGUGAGAGCGGCGGCCCCCGACGCGGAGCAGUCCCCGGAGCCCAUGGACACGCAGGAGGAAGCGCGGCGAGUCCAGGAGACCCCUGCGCCCUGUGACCCGCCCCCCGCCAGAGUCAGCCGCAAGCGCCGGAGCAGCAGCAACCUGAGCGACGGCGGUGAGGUCGGACUAGCACCCAGCAAGAAGGCCCGUCUAGAGGAGGCGGAGAGGGAGGACACGUCGGAGGUGGCCGAUCGCCUGCAGCUUCCCCCCGCACAAACCGAAGGUGCCUUCCCUAAUCUCGCCCGCGUCCUCCAAAAGCGCUUCUCCAGUCUCCUGAACUGUGGGCCCGCCGUGCCCCCGCCGGCGCCCCCCGCGUGCGAGGCCAAGCCAGCCUGCCGCCCGGCCGACAACAUGCUCAGCGUGCUGGUGCGAGCCGUGGUGGCCUUCUGAGGAUUCUGAGCGGCGUCACCGGAGCCGAAAACGCACAGCCGAGGCCAGGGCCGGCUGGGGAAAGCCUGCGGGGCCCGUGAUGAAGAGCCGCGGCCUGAGCUGCCAGAGGCCGGGGGAGGACUGAGGAGCUGGGGGCGCGGGCGCCUUUUCCCAGACGUGCGUCCACAGGUGCUGUAAAGGACUGUCCCCUCCCCGGCCGGGAGAAGGGACACCUGGAUCUUGAAUCUCAGGGUCGGACUCUUGGCCUGGCGGCCCUUCCAAGGCCGUUUCACUGGCAUACGCGUUUUGGCCCCUACAAGUGGCACGCUUGUGCAAGCGGUCAUAGUUGCGUCAUGGGGCAGACGCGGGUGCUUCCUGUUGCCCUGCGUGGGUGUGGGGCCUGGGAGGAGGCCAGGGCGUGGACCCGCCCUGGGGACGGGGAAGUGACUUGAGUCACCUCGCCCCCACCGGCUGCUAUGGGUGAGCCGGCCUUCGGCGGCCGAGAGCCAGGACUGGGCCGAUCAAAUCUUCCUGUAAGCAGCGGAGGUCUGGAGACGCUCGGACUGUCGGCCUGGACCGCCCGCUCGCCCGCCGUGGACCACCGCGCCAAGGCUGGUCGCGCCUGCUGCCGUAGACCCGGCCUCUUCGGGCAGGAGAGGAAUUUUUUGCCAGCACGUUUAAGAAGUCUGUUUACCUUUGCCAUGACGGGCUGUAUUGAGCACCCGUCCACUUGGCGUUUUACAAUGUCAGCUAGGAAAAUAAAGACUCGGAGUAAAGA